AAACAAUAUGGCCGUCAUCAAGAAAAGUUAUUAAUCUAUGAAUGAAAGGCCUAAGCCUAGUCGGCCAAUGAUAAUGGUUUGUGGAGCUAAUUGUUUAUUAACGAUUGUGUAUUAAAUAUGCCCUCAAAAAGUAGUAGACUACACUGCUAGUGCUAGUAUCAAUAAUAUGAAUAUGCCGUGUUAAAUGUUGGAAACGGUGACCUGCUAUAUAAAUAUAAGCCUAAAAUUAUAAUUAUAAAUUUUAGACAUAGUUUUCUAAAGUUAAAUUGUUAUAUUUAAUAAGUUGAAUAAGUUAAAAUAGUAAUAGGUUUAAUUACUUUAACUUAAUAAGACCAUAGAAGCCUGCCAAGAAAGGCCUAAAAGACUUUAGUUAGGUACUUUGACUUUGAUAAUGAAUAAUAAUGAUAAGAAUAAGAAAAUUAAAACUUUUUAUAAAAAUAAACCAAUGCCAUUGGCAAUGGCAUAGUUGAAUAGAGCUAAUUUGUUUAAAGAAUUAUAACACCAAAAUCAUAUUUUUAACUGUUGUAGUUUUAAAGUUAUGAAUUUUUAAAGUACAACUUAAUUUGUCCUUUUUUAACAUGGACCCCAUCUCCACAUUCUGUGACCCAAUUCUGAUGUUCGCGUCACGAGCUAUAUAACUCUUGUUUUAAUGAUAAUUUUAUUUUCAGAACUAAUGCUGUAUUUAAAAUAAUUUUAAUAAUGUUAACAAUUAUAGAUAAAUUGUAGCUUAUCUAACUAUGCACUAUUUAUAUCAGUAAAUUUAAAAUAAUGUAUUAAUAUAUGGCUUUUCAGUUUACCAAAUCUACGACGUCCAUUAUACCGAUAUAUUUUAUAUAGUCUAUAUAAGGCAACUCAUGCCCUAAUUACUAAAAUACUGUUUGGGAACUAUUGAACUUUCAACUUUAGUACAUGACUAAUUAAUUAAAGCUUUCCCUGACCUAGUUUAAUAGUUUUUGCACACGGCAAAAUUUUAUGAAUGAAAACUCUAGAGAUAGUAGUAAAUAAUAACCAUUAUGCAAGUCACCGUGAAUGGCCCCCAUGGCAUUUUGCACAUGGCAAAUUAUGAUCAUUUAAAGUAGGGACUCUGUCAGGUUUUUUAACCUCUUUCAAUAACAUUUAAGUUCAUUCUAAAACAUAAGUUAUCAAAUAUUUUGUUGUAAAUUGGGGAAAUAAUUGAAUAUUUUUUAAGUAACGGCGUCUUCCGUUAAUUAAAAGGGGCGUGGCCACUUCCUUAUUGAAAUUGGGCUGAGCUACAUUACCAUACAGGGGUUUACUCAAAUGAGAAUAACAAGUGAUCGACAUGUCCUAACACAAUGAGAAUUGACACAAAUACACAUCGAUAGAUAAUACAGAAUAAGACUUUUUUUUAAGGACAUAAAAGUUGAACUUCUAUACGAAUUUUAUAGUGAAAGAUGCCUUAUAUUUAAAGGGGAAUCUCAAAAUACAGGUCGAUUGAAAAAUUAAAACAAGAUGUCUACCUAAAUAUAAGGCCGCAAACGAACUCAAAUAUAUGUUGAAAGUACUCAUUUAAUAAUAAAUAGACACACACAUCGGAAAAUUAAAAACUCUGAUUUUUUGGUGCCGAUUUCCAUUUCCAAUACACAAAAAGUUGUAGUCUCCCUUGUUUCAUCGAAGUAGUUUUAAACUUUAGUAGUCUAAAAGUUGUUUUAAGACAAGACUAGUAAGUCUAAGUUAAGUGUAAAGUGUAAGGUAAGAUUCUUAGUUAGACAGACUGACUAAACACCCAAACGUAACAAAAUUAAGUAACAAGUAGUAGCCGCUGGUGGUUCAAGUUUUAAACUUUUUCCUGAGCCUGAGCUAGAAAUGUGAGAAGCGAUCUGAUUAGCCAGCCAAUCUCGAGGUUUGUAUGGGCAUGGGCAGAUGAAUCUGCCAUUCAUAUUUUCACCUCUAGACAGAGAGAUCAGCCAUGAGGUUUAAACAAGUUAUCAAUUAUAUUUUACCUCACAGACAUAGAAAAUAGUAGAGUCCAAUGUUUCCUCUAUGUCUAAGGUUUGCUGGUUCGGGUGCAAAAUCAUACCCCUUUGUGAAAAGUUUUACAGCAUCUAUUUUCUGUGUACAAAAUGUUACAGCCCACAAACACACACGCACACACAGAAAUUACAUAAAUGAACUUAAGCGCAAAAGUUUUUAUAUAAAUAAAUAAAGGAACUAAAAUUAAUUAAUUAUAAUCAGAAAUGUCACAAUAAUUCAAUCAAUGCUAUAUUUAUUUCUAUUAUUUGUCCUGUUGUUGGGUCAAGGAACUAAAUUCCAACACACCCAGUACCCAACGCCACUAGUCAUUUGAUGGACUCAUUUCUGGAGGUGCUUUGGUGUCUGUCUUUCAACUAUAUCCAUCUUUUAUACACAUCGUCAAGGUUGAUCUGAUAUCCAUCAUUGUGAUACGAUUUAAUCCUUAUAAGCAUGUGUAAAUGUAACUCUUCCAGCCUAUUUCUAGAUUUUAUUUUCAUAUUAUUAUUUUGACUGAACCCACGUACACAAUGGGCGCUUGUUGUAAGAAAUGUAGCACAAAUAUCCAACAGAAUGGUAAUGUCAUCGAAUUUCUCCUCAUUUAUUACAAAUCGAAAAAUCUCUUUGAAAGUCUGCAUAAAUCUACAUUUUAUAUUUUCUACAAGCACAAAUCUUAAGUUACGAUACAGAUCCUUAACUUUCAACAGAAUUUCAUCAAAGUUUUCCAGGAAUGCCGCAUAUCUGGAAACCAGUGCUGGAAGUUCUUCUUUGUCAAAAUUUAAAUCUGAAGUGUCGAUUAACGCUGAUAUCUCAAAGACAUGCAUUGCAUUAACUCAUUUUUAUUUUUAGGGAAACAAGAGUCUAGGUGCAAACAUAAACCUUCAAGGAUGGAACAUGUUGAUAUUUAUCCUUGUCAUUUGCAAGCCAUUUUGCAACCACUUCGAACCAGUGCCCAUUUUCACCAAGGUACUGGGCACGGAGCUUAGCGAUCCUUUCUUUUACAAACUGGUAUGCUUCGAUGGUCCUAAGAUUUUUUGUUUAAUUUGUAGCAGUGUGCAUAAUUCAGCAAGUUCACCAAAAAAUGAACAACUUCAUUAAAGAAAAAUCAGUGCUGUUCGAAAGUGCGGAUCCCUUAGUUUCUUUAAACAGUACUUAUGAACUGGAUCAUUAUACAGGCCCACCAGCUCCUGAAAUAUUACAUUCACUGUAAGGGACCGAGCUAUUGCUCUUUAAUGGCCCCGGCAAGUAUGGAACAGGCCUGCCUCAUCUGCUGGGCAGUCCCGUAAAUCAGGCUUUCGACGUGGUUGGCUGGGAGCACCACAGUCACACCAGUCGCUAAUGUAGAGCACUCGGAUAGUAUGUGAUCUAAUGUCUCUGGCCCCUUUUCCACAAUGGCGGCAGCUCGGGUCCUGCAGCUGGUGCAACCUAUUCAGGUAGCUCCUGGUAGGGCAAAGCUCUGUUCUCCUUUGGGUGAUGAGAGUCUGCUGGUGGCUUUUAAGACUCCACCAUUGAUCACCUUUGCGGUUUGAUUUUGGCAUGCUCUGGUAAAGUUUUCGGGCAGUGGUACCCUGUUCCCAUUCUUUAAUCCAUUCCUCAUGGAAGAGGUCCUCACAGUAUUCAGUCAACGCCUGUAUGUUUCUCAGCAAUGCUUGUGAAGCGAAGUGCAGCGAUAGCCAUCUGAUUUCAUUCAAUGGUCUAAAUGCUACGGAAUUACAUUCCAACACCUUAGCUAGUUCGGUAAACUAGGCUUUCCCUACUGUCGACCUACUGAACAAUGUGUACACUGUCCUAAGGAAUGUUUCAAUGUCUGCCAUUAAACUUAUAUGUUUGCAAGCAUAACCGAUGCCUAAAUCUUCAUGAAGAACAAUACAAUCUUGUUCCAGUUGAUGUGGAACAGAUCGAUGAAGAAUUGCUGAACUCCAUUGUUCUUGCCUAGCGUAACCGAUGAACCAUCAGAGGUAAACAUAACCAUUUUCUGCAUGGUCCAUGAAUUCUCUUGAUAAAACUCUGUUAUUGCUGAUUCCACAGACUUACUGUACAUACUGACAGAGACAAAGUUCCAACAAAUACUGUCAUGCAAACAUUACCAGGAUAUGGCAGAAACUUUGCAUAUAAGAUCAACAUUUUUGUCAGUGAUAAUUCAGUGCUCUCACCUACUGUUAAAGUGUGAAACUUUGCAUUGCGAAGUUCACUAAUUAUAGGAUCCUUCACUACAUAAUCGAUAGAAUCAACAAACUCAAAAGUGUAAUUCUUACUGCACCAGCUAUCAGGGACUUGAGCCUACUUAGUCAUAUGGUUGUUUAUGUAUAGACCCGCAUUCAUAUGUGUUCAAGUUGAUAGCCAAAAGGACAAUAUUAAUAGAAAUUUUAACCUGGUCUUCUUUAGCACUUUUAUGUUGUGCUGUUUCUUGUCUCAUACCUCGAUCAGCGACACUUUCUGUAAGCAUUCGCAGUACACCCCCUGACUGUAUAGAACAAAGUCUCUGUACAGCAUCAGUGAGUAUUUUUUGUUUGAUAUACCGUUUAAGAUCAUCCUGUUUCCAAGCCUCCAAACUUUUCCCUUUGGAGAAAUCGCCAACUACAUUAGCUUUGAAGCACAUUUCACAGAAGAUAUCAUCAUCAUUUUCACUAUAUUUAAAAAUAUCACCCAGCUUGACGACGAAUCUGGUAGUGCUGCAUGCACAUAUUCAUUGAGCCAUUCCGUUUUAAAAUUUGAUCUACACUUUUUCUUAGCAAGCCAUGACAGUUCACUUAACUGACUGACAUUUAGACAUAACGGUUAAAACAUUAUUAAAAAUAAUUAGCUACUACAUUUAUAAUAAACUAGAGAUAAGCGAUUUAUACGCCAUGAAAUUUACAUGAAUGAUGGGGGUGGUUCAAAACAAGGCUAACUUGAUCUAAUAUGUAUCAGUAAGUAUGUAAAUCAAUAGUUAAAGGGAACAUUGGUAGAGUCAUCAGGUCAUUAAUACUCAGAAAUCUGAUAAUAUUUUGUUAAUAUUUUUACUCUAUAAAUUAUUUUUAUUUUUGGAACAUGGUACGAUUAGGCUUGAAAGUAAAAGACGAUAAUUAAACCAAUAUUUCAGCUAAAUGCCUACUUCAGCAGACAAUACAAUACAAUAAACAACAGAUACAUUUUUUAAAAGCUGGUGUGUUUUCGAAGGUUUAAUUAAAGUCAAUGUAGUUCAAUGUUCAGAACAGGCACCACUCUAUGGUAUUUGUUAGACACGGACGUUGUGUUAUUCAAAACCAAAACAUGCAUCCCACAUUAUUCUGUGGUGCGUGCAAUCAUAGUAAAAGAAUAUAUGUUUUAUUAAUGUAAAAUUUUAAAAAGCAAAAAUUGAGAACUGAAAUGGAGGGAAGUACUAAAGACUACUACUUAGGGCUAAUUAAAAUAGUUUGGCCCUAAACAAAUCUUGAUCCACUAUUUAUUUACUUUACAUGGCUUGAAUGCAGUCCAUCAUAUGUUAUGCUCUAUUUUGGUAAGUUCUGGUCAAUAAAUGCGAAUUCUUUAUAACUCUAUUUUGUACAUUUUAAUUUUAGGCAAAUAGGCCUAUACUUUAUAUUAUUAUUGUGAACUGAAAUAUGCAACAUAGAAACCUAAGGCUCUUAAAAUAAGUUUUAAACUGUAAUGGAAUUUUUCUUUUCAGAAUGUCUCAAAAAGAACUUAAAUUGGUCAACUUUGUUUUCUUAAUUUGGAAAAAAUAAACAUUUAAUUCAAGAUCUAAAACCACCAGAUUAUGGCAUCAUCACAACCUAGUAGUGCACAGAGCCGCACUAGGUCACUGAGCUCAACUGGUUCACGUAGCUCAAAUACACCUCCUUCUAGCGCUGGAAAAGCCGGUGGAGGAAGGAAGAGACCAGAAGCUGACACUAGACAGACCAAUGCUGGAAAACAACAGAAGCCUUCUGACAGACUUAAUCCCAAAACGAUUGAUCCUGUAAGUGAGCAAAUAUUUGUCCAUAUAGAUGUUGAAAAUCAUUCAUGCUAACCUCUAGGAGUCCAAAGUCUUACACACCCACACAGACCCUGUAUUUUCAGAUAUAAAAUUAUAAUUCUCUUCAAGGAAGAUGCGAUCUUUCUCAAUGCCAGGCUUUUGACUAGCCAUCAUUUUUUGCUAGUGACCUACUCUUGUCAAAAAUGUUUCUCUAAUCACUUUUUGCUUCCUUUCAGUACUUUCAGAGCGAAUUUCUUCCAUAUUAAAUUAAGGCAAUAUUAUUAGGUAUUUGCCUGAUUAAAAAAUAAGAUAGUUUUUCAUUUUACUGUUACUAAAUUUUAUAAGAAGCUUAUGUAUUUUAAAUGAGCUCAGUAAAAAUGUUAUAAAUUAUUAUUACCAUAUUUAAAACAUUUUCUGGGAUAAUGAUAAUGUUUUAAUUAAUUAUUCAUUAACAUCUUUCCCUUUCAAAGUUUUCGAAUGGUUCAAAAGCUCAGUCAGCAUUUGCAUCAGUUUAUGCUAAUGGAGGAGUGCCCUGCAGGUUAGUAAAACGUAUCACUUAAGUGAAAGAUGGUAGCGUGGGUAUCAUAUGACAGUGAUUUUUCUAAAAAAAUAUAUUUCUAUUUAAGGUCUUCCUUAUUAAUAUAAUGAUCCUAUAUAGUUCAGUGUAAUAUAUAACAGCAUUGCCACGGGACAAAAUGAGUUCAUCAAAGUAUGUUUGCUGUCAACAAAAGAGGUUGCUUUUAUUUUUAAAAUUAUUAUUUAUUAUAUACCUUUAUUGUAUAAAACUUAAGAAUUGAGAUGUGCUUCAUCAACCAUUGUAUGUGAAAGACAAAGCUAGAAAGGAGAAUGAGAAUGACAAUAUUCUAAAAUAGUUUAAGCAAACCAGAUCUUUUAAAUAUCCCUUUGAUUAAUUUAGUUUUUAUUUCACUUCAGUUUUUAUGUCACUUCAAAUUCUAAAAAUUAUGCAGGCUUGUCCAUGGUAGUGUCAAACACAAACUGGCAUGGGACACACCACCAGAACAAGUUCUCUUUGAUCCAGUGCUUGUCACCUUGGCUGAGGUAUGUGCAUGAGAAACAUUUGCAUCUUCUUAGCCAGUUGGUUGAUAUAGGAGUAUGAAAUUUAAAAAUAAAUUCCCUUUGAUGAUUAUUCUCAUUUGUUUAAACCUUUCAUGCUUAACCUACACUGGUUAAUACUCUUUACACUCUCACAUAGACUUCCUGAAACCCUAUACAACAAUAAAAAGAUCUUGCACACACAAAAAUUAAAAGCAAAAAAUUAAUACCUUUCAUCAUUAACUAUUUUUGGCAAGACAUCACAAUGAAAUUAUAUGAUGAUGUGGCCAGCAUUUAGCAAAAUGCUAGUACUAAAAAUAUAAUUAUAUCAAAAAUAUUUUUAAUAGAAAGUCAAAUAACAUUAGCUCUCUUUAUUUCUUGUUAAGAUUGUCUCAAAAUGACAUUUUGGAACAUGCUUAAACCAGGCUUUAUAAAAUUAAAAAAAUAUGGGGGGGGAUUGUGCUUCUUGUCAUGGAUGCUUAAAGCAGCUAGAAACAUUGGUUAAUCUCUGCAUUUGAUUUUCAAUAAUUUUUUUUUAAAUUCUCAGUUUUGUUUAUGUAAAUACAAGAGUUUUUCAAAAUGAAUUGCACAUGGUGUAUUUUUUUGUAUGCUAGGGCCUGAAGGAAACUGCCCAUCCCUACACUUUUGUCUCUUACAUGGGCUUCAGAGAGCUUCUAGACACACCAGGGGCAUCUCAGAAGGCUACUCCACUUUUGCCAAAGUUGGCUCCACCUAUACGUGGUGCCCUCGUAAGUAGCAUUGUUUGUAAAACUGAGAUUAGUUGAUAGAGCAUAGCAGAUCUAUUUAGGUUGUUUUUAGGUGGUUAUUAUUUGGGACGUUUUUAAAAAAAAAUGAUAUGUAUCUUUAGAUAUAUGAAUAACUUCAUGUUCAUGCUUUAAAAAUAAUCUGGAAAUAUUCAAGCUCAAGAGCAUAGGUCAGCUGUUUUCUUAUCAAUUACUGUAGUGCAAAAUUUGUGAAAGUUUAAUUUAACAUUUUAAAAGGAAUGUAGAACAAGGACAAAGAGUUUUUUUGUUACUUUACACUUUACUGAACAAAUAUUGUGGGGGAUUAUUAACUGAACUAAUAUUAUUUAUACUUGUACCAUUACUUAUUUGAAUGGACCCAGAUGUUGAUUCUCUGGUUAAUUUAUUCUGAGCUUAGAGCCACAGUGACAGUGCAGUGUUUGAAAGAGGCAUAGAAUGUCUGUUGCAGCUCAGUUCUGUUGUAGGACCGGCAUUAAAUCCUUAUCUGAAGACUUUUCUCAUGUCGGUAAGUUGUGAAAUAAAACCCAGAUAUUUUAAGCAAAUUCAAUUUUUUAAUGAUUGCAAAUAUCUGAUUCAAGGAGCAUUUAUGAAUAAUAGGAGCAUUUAUGAAUAAUCAAUAUACUUUACAAACUGAUCCGCUGUCUAAAUGCAGUGAUACCUGGACCUAUGAACCACUCCCACUUUAAAUAUUAACUUUUCAAGAUUUUUUCUUUUUCUUUUUGUAACCCAUUUUGACCUCUACAUACAAACCUAGAUUCGAGAUACUGUACAAACUAUGCUGCACUUUAUCGCUUACUUAUAGUGUUUUUUGCUUCUAUGUCCCAUUUGUCUGGAAUAUGAUGCAAUGAGUGGUGUGUGGGACCAACGGCUUGUGUGAUGGAAGCUGCACAUACAUAUCUGCUUUUUUGUGUAUCUACUGUGGUAUUUUUGUAAUCAAACAAUGAAAUUAGUGAAGAGUAUUUUAGGCUCCUAGGAAAUAUGAGUCUUAAUGCAUGUAUUUCUUUUCGUGAUGUCUAUGGAAUGAAUGACUGGCAUUCUAGACAAACAAGUAGAUGUGUAUGUGUGCCUGUGGAGAGGUACCUCAGGCGAGAAUGUUUAAUUUGUUUUAAACCUUCCAAUGAAGAUAGAUCUAAGAACAUAUUAUAAUGGGUACUAGCUUGAUCGUAAUAACUACUAAAUUGUCACGAGCUCUUCCGUGUAUUAUUCAUGUCACCAUUUUAAUGGAAGGUAAUUUUCAUACUACCAGUACAUAUAAUAUAUGUAUCAUGUAAAACCAAAGAUUUGAUAAAUAAAAAUGUUAAAUGGUAUACCCAAUGCAUAUUUAUUGCCUGAAAAUUCUCCUACUCACCCUUAUCCAUUUCUUUGCAUUUUCUUAAUUUAGGCAAGAGUAGUUCUAUUUUAUUUUUUUAAUUUGAUCUAAGAAUAGAUUAAUUGAUUUAAUGGAAAAUUGUGUUUUGAGAUAUGAAUCACAGCCAGGAACGAAUUAAGUUUGUUAGUCGAGGUACCACUGUAAAUUAAAUGUUUUAAAAAUAUUUUUUCAUUAUUGUUUAAUUAGUAAGUUCUGUUUCUUCCCAUUUUAUAUAACACCUCUGCCUUUAAAGAAUCUGAGGAGAAAUAAGUCAAGCAUUAGAGAGUAUUAACAGUCCUAUGACUGAGGUGAACCUCUUAAAGGUUCAAAUGUAGCAGUAGAGCCAAGUUGGGUGACAUUUUUAAAAAAAACUAUUUUUUAUUUUAACAAUGAUGGGAGACCACUCUGUUUUGUUCAUUCCAUUUUUUUUUUUAUAGCGUCACCUACUUUAAUUACCGGUACUUUCUAAACUUAAAGUUAAAGCUAAUAUGACAUAUUGAGCGACAGCUAGUAAAAUUCUCCUUUUACUUUUAUUAUUUAAUAUUUUCAAAUCAUUUUAAUUUAUUGCAAAAUUUUAUCAGCUGUCAAAGAGAAUUAUGGAGAAAAAAUAUAAAGAGAAGGUAACUGAAGCCUUACAGCAUUUAGAGCAACAUGGUGGAAAGGUAAACAUGACAUUGAAAUUAACAGCAACCUAAAAUACCUUGAUCUUUGCCUUAAUUUUCUUUAAAUUUUUAUCUAAACGUUCCUUUUACAUAAAAGUUUAUCCAAAAUUCAUUUUGUUGUCAAAUGUCCAUGUUCACUUUGCAUGUGAAGCUAAUUUCUUCUUAAUUUUCUUCUGUAUGUUAACAGGAAGUUUUGCCAAUUAUCAAGGCCAAGGUGCCCACCUACUGUUCUAUAUUUGGAUGAAGUUUUCUACAAAGCUCAAGCAUACUGUGAUAAUUCAAGCUUAAAGUUUAAUAUUUUUUUCCAUCUGUUUUUCCUUCACAUGAAAAAAAAAA